CGGGACCCAGGCCCCGGCCAUGAGCCGCACGCUGCUUCUGCUCCUUCUCCUGCUGUGCGGCCCCACCGCCGGCCGACCCCCGCCUGCUGCCACCCCCCGCCUCAAGCUGUCCUUCCCCGAGCUGCGGUCUCGCCACGGGCUGCGGCUCUUUACCCUGGAGCGUUCCUGCUGCUACGAGGCCCUGCUGCUGGACGAGGAGCGCGGCCGCCUCUUCGCAGGCGCCCAGAACCACCUCCUCUCCCUGGCCCUGGAUGACAUCAGCCAGAGGGAUAGAAAGAUCUACUGGCCAGCACCGGUGGAGUGGAGGGAGGAGUGCAACUGGGCCGGCAAGGACAUCACUGCUGAGUGCAUGAACUUUGUGAAGAUCCUGCACCCUUACAACCGGACCCACCUCUAUGCCUGUGGCACUGGAGCCUUCCACCCUGUCUGUGCCUUCGUGGAGGCGGGGCAGCACGCAGAGGAGCCUGUCUUCAAGCUGGACCUCCGACGCACCGAGGAUGGAAAGGGGAAGAGUCCAUAUGACCCCCGGCAUGCAGCUGCCUCCAUCCUCGUGGGGGAAGAGCUCUAUUCUGGGGUGGCCACUGAUCUGAUGGGCCGGGACUUUACCAUCUUCCGCAGCCUGGGCCGGCGUCCCUCCAUCCGCACGGAGCAGCACGACUCCCGCUGGCUCAAUGAGCCCAAGUUUGUGGCCGUGUUUUGGGUGCCGGAGAGUGAGGACCCUGAUGAUGACAAGAUCUACUUCUUCUUCCGUGAAACCGCAGUGGAGCGGCAGCAGGGGCUGGGCAAGACCAGCUUUGCCCGCAUUGGCCAGAUCUGCCGGAAUGAUGUGGGUGGGCAGCGCAGCCUGGUCAAUAAGUGGACAACCUUCCUGAAGGCUCGGCUCAUCUGUGCCGUGCCGGGACCCGAUGGGGCAGACACCCACUUCGAUGAGCUCCGGGACGUCUUUCUGCUGCAGACAAGGGACAAGCGCAACCCCCUGGUCUAUGCCGUCUUCUCCACCUCCAGCUCCGUUUUCCAGGGCUCGGCUGUCUGUGUCUACACCAUGGCCGACAUCCGCCGGGCUUUCCUGGGCCCCUUUGCACACAAAGAGGGUCCCAACUACCAGUGGGUGUCAUAUCAGGGGCGUGUGCCUUACCCCCGCCCAGGCAUGUGCCCCAGCAAAACCUUCGGUACCUUCAGCUCCACCAAGGACUUCCCAGAUGAGGUGAUCCAGUUUGCCCGACACCACCCGUUGAUGUACAACCCAGUGCUGCCCCACAGCCAGCGGCCCCUCUUCCUGCAAGCUGCUGUGCCCUACACCUUCACCCACAUUGCCGUGGAUCGCGUCUCCGCUGCUGAUGGCCAGUACGAUGUCCUCUUCAUUGGCACAGACAUGGGCACAGUGCUGAAGGUGGUCUCCAUGCCCACGGAGAGCUGGCACCGCAUGGAGCCACUGCUGCUGGAGGAGCUUCAGGUCUUCCAGGAUGCCUCCCCCAUCACCAGUCUGCAGCUUUCCUCCAAGCGGCAACAGCUCUACGCCGGCUCGGUCAUGGCGCUAGCCCAGCUGCCCCUGCACCGCUGUGGUGCCUACGGCAAAGCCUGUGCUGAGUGCUGCCUAGCUCGGGACCCGUACUGCGCCUGGGAUGGCACCACCUGCACCCGCUAUGUGCCCAACACCAAGAGGCGUUUCCGCCGGCAGGACAUCCGCAAUGGUGAUCCCAAUGUGCUCUGCUCUGAAGACCCCCAGCAGGGCAGUGUGCCCCAGAAGCAGCUGUAUGGGGUGGAGGGCAGCACCGCCUUCCUGGAGUGCAUCCCUAAAUCCCUUCAAGCCCGCAUCCUCUGGACGUACCAGCGCAGCCCGGAUGAUCCCCAGAGAGAGGUGCAGGUGGAUGAGCGGGUGGUGCGGACGGAGCGGGGGGUCCUGCUGCGCAGCGUGCAGCGCUCCGACACCGGCCUCUACUUCUGCCACGCCACUGAGCACGGCUUCACCCAGCCCCUGCUGCAGCUUUCCCUGGAGGUGAUCAGUGCCCGGCAGGCAGCAGGCAUGUCGCCCCAUGGUGACCCCCAGCUUGCCGCCGGGCCCCCCGGCCGCAAGGUCUGGUACCAGGACUUCCUCCAGUUGGUGGAGCGCCCGCCGCUGGGGUCUGUGGACAGGGUUUGCCAGCGUCUGUGGAGCCGGUGGAGACCCCCGCCGCCCCCCCGUGCCUAUGCUGGACCUCCUGGCCGUGGGCAGGGCGAGGAGCCGCGCAAAGCCCGCCGCCGGCGUACCCACGAGGGACCGCGGGCUGAGCGGGGCCCGCGCAGCACAUCCCCCUGGUGACCCCGGGGCCGGCCCCGGGUGCCGGGCUCUGCCUAGGAGCGGGGCCGCGGGCAGGGGCAGAGCCCCCCGCCGGCCUUGGCUGCCCCGCCGACAGCACCGGAGCUGGGCGCGGGCAGCAGUGGGGGGCUGCAGCUCCAGGGCCAGGAGGGCAGCCAGGUUGACAACCCUCCAAGUGGCUGCUGGCCACCCGUGUCACUGGCUCCAGCACCAGUUGGGGGACCCAGCCAGCUGCUGACAUUGCAGUCACCGAAAUAUUUAUUAACGACUGUUACAGAUGAAUGUAAGCCUGCCCUGAUCGGGGGCAGCAGGGCCAGGCUGUGCCCCCCCAGGCAUGGCACCGUGAGGGGAUGGGGCAGCAAGGGCCACCAUCAGGUCCUGGGGGGGUUGCAGGUGGUAGUGGGGCCCCA